AUGUUUUUGAUGAAUAUGUUUGGAUCAAACAAUUCUUAUAAAAAUAAGAAAAAGAAAGGAAAGAAGAAGAAGAUCGAGACGACGGCUUUAGCCAAAAAUCAAGUUAACCCAUUAAAAGAUGUUAAAAUGUUUGGUGCAUUCAAAAUGGGUUACGGUCCAAAGAAAACAGAGUGUCAAGAUUCACACUGUAUUAUGGAAAAAUUUAUAGAUGAGUGCCACUUCUUUGCAGUAUAUGAUGGUCACGGAUCUUCUGGUAAAGAAGCCAGUCAAGCUGCUAACGAUUACAUCUAAACUUAUCUCGAAAAAAAUAAUAAAAAAAUUAAAGGUCUAACCACUGAUAAAACCAGAGAAUAAUUUUUAAGAGCAGCAUUCAAGAGUGCUGAAAGCAAGUUAAAAUCUUCAGGUAUUGAUUAUUCUAACUCAGGAACAUGCUCAAUUGCUAUCUUCAUUUAGAAAAAUAUAUGUUAUAUUGCUAAUCUGGGUGAUUCGAGAGCUGUUUUGUUUAGAUAAACUAAUAAAGAAAAGCUAGCUAUAGAGCUCUCUUACGAUCACAAACCUACACGUCCAGAUGAGAGAGAAAGAAUUAUUAGAUCAGGUGGUAAGAUUGAAAAGCUUAUCCACGAUGGUGUCCCUGUUGGUCCUUACAGAGUUUGGGCUGAUGAUGAAGGUCCAGGUAUUGCUAUGACAAGAACACUAGGAGAUCUCUAAGCCAAAAAAAUAGGUCUUAUUAGUGAACCAGAAAUAUAGCGCAUCGAGCUUACUAGACAAGAUAAAUUUAUCGUAAUCGGAUCUGAUGGUGUUUGGGAUGUUAUGUCUUCUGCAGAGGUUGUUGGAUUUGUGCUUUAAUAUUAGCCACCUGCUUAAAAUGAAAAGUUUGAUAAAAAUGAUAAAGAUAAUGCUAAUCAAGAAAAUGUAGCAAGCGCAUUAGUGGCUGAAUGCAGAGCAAGAUGGGAUGAUAUGAAUAAAAAUAAAAAGAAUUCCUCUAAGAUUGGUGAUUUGCCUUAUCUUAAGUUUGGUUGUGAUGAUAUCACAUGUGUUGUAGCUUAUUUAGAAUUCAAUGAUGAUGAUGCUCCUAAAUGA